CAAACUCUCGUGCGGGGGUGGAACCGAUUCUUCUCGUGCCAUUAUGGAUUCCGCCGUUUCUGGUGCUAAUUACGUGAACUAUAAUCCGAAUCGGUGCAACGUUUGUUUUGCGAGCAACAUUUCCAAACCUGUAACCGACAAAUCCAUUCUGUGCGCCUGCCACCUUGUCCUGUACUGCAACGAGAAGCACCAACAGGCAGAUCUGGCCACACAUUCCAGCUUCUGCAAGGCAGUGCAGAACAUAACUAGCCGAUCCGGGGUCGAUCACAUUCUGGCCGUCGUGCCGGCCCAUACGCAUGAGCCGUUUGUUCGCGAGCCAGCAAAUUGGUCGGCACUGGACAAAACCAUCCGCUGUACGUUGAGCAUCCUGACACAUGCGCUCGACAGACCGCUAUACCGCCAUGAAAUUCAAAUGCUGCAGCAUCCCGUUGUGUGCCGCGUUUGCCUGGAGUAUCAUCGCGAUAUGUUGAAAUACUGCGAAGGAUGUCACCAGGUGGCUUACUGUAGCGAGAAGCAUCGGCAGCAGGACAAGGAACACCAUGAUAAGUUUUGCCGAGCCUACUAUAUCGCUUUUAUCAUAGAUAACAAGCCUCCUGCCAUUACCGAUGCCGGUGAUCCUGUUAUUCCGUGUCUGGACGAAACCGAUCUCAAGAAAUUUCCGUCGGAUUGUUACGAGUUGGCGAGCAAGGCUUUGCAGCGUAAGAUCAUAAAUCCCACCGCCAACGAUGAUCAUUUGCUGGAACCUCAAGAACAGCUAGAAAAUGUUAAACUCGCAGAAGUGUACAGCUACAUUGGUACUAUCCUGUACGCUCUACACUGUACUAACGUGAUCGAUGAGAUACGGGACACGCUGAACAUCUUUAUCGUAGGUGCCAGAGCGGAGGUGUUUUACUUUCACGAGCAAACUUGCGCCUUGUUUUUCUCUUACGGCCCAAAGCUGCGGACGGUAAAGUUAUUUUUCGUAGGCCCUGAAAUACCGGAAACAGCGCAUGAACGGAGUACCUUGGACUACGGUGAUGGUCGAUUGGUGGAGCUUAUCUAUCACAAGGAGCUUUAUCAUGAGCUACCGGGUAAAAUAGUGCUUCCCAAUCCCGACUUGGUCGCAGCGUUUAACUGCGGAUUUAACGAGUAUUUCGGAACACCGACCGACACGUGGGCCAAAACGCUUCGUUUUCUCCUUUACAACUACCACAUGCCAUUGGUGUUCACGUCCUACACGUACAACGAAGCGAUUGAAGACGUUGCGAUACUGGUGCACGCUGCUCGGAAGGGCUCAGACCAAGAUGUGCGCUUUAUGAAGCGAGCUCUGUGCAAUCCCCUGCGCGGGGGUGUGCCUGUAAGAAAUCCCGACAUUUCCGAUAACAACCAAGAUGAGAUAUUUUACAACAACGGAUACCUGACGGUUGCAAAAUUGGGUUUACCCUAAAGCAUAACCAGUUCAAUGUAUAACAAAGUGUUCUCAAAGGCCAUCAAUCUAGAGUAUUUAGCACGAGCAUGGCUGAGCUCUUUUGAUAUAACUUUAUGGAAGAAAAGAAUUUUAUCGGCUAAUGUAGCACUGGUUUUUCGUGGAUUUACCGCUUUAAUGCGAAUAACGAAAGCGAACGAAGUACUAGGUAUACAAGAACAUUCCCACAAAACGAUUUUUACAAACAUCACAAUCAUCCCUCCAGUUUGAAACGUUUAUCUAUUUGAGUUUUUACUGUAACAGUUCAAAGUUUAUUUUUUGUGAUAGUAGUUAUGAAAUGAUGAAGUGAAAUGCCGCUCUAGCGGAACCUUACGAUGCCAGAAUCGAAAUCCAUUAUAUUUAAGUUUGCAUUUAGAUUACACACGAAACGUGUCUCUACGUUACUUUUCACCUUCUUACCAAUUUCAAUGCAUAAUUUCUACUUACAUACUAGGAUAGAUUUCGGUUUGAAUUUAAUGACCUUAGAGUGCAAAACCAGUUCCACGUUCAUGCCAUACGUUACAUCACAGUUAGUACCUUUGUAUCGAACUUAUUCCAAUAAAAUUUUACACUAAUCCAAUCAGAACUCUUAUAG